AUGGGUGGACUCGACUGCCGAUAUAUGAUCUCGCACCUCAAAUCCCCCCACUUCAAGGUCAAGUCCUUGACAACUCUAGCGACGCCUCACCGUGGAUCGUCCUUUGCAGAUUAUUUCAUGUCCGAUAUCGUUGGCAAGGUCCGUCUGGAGACCUUUUGGGCGAUGCUGAGCAUGGUCAGCGUCGGACGCGGAGCUGCCGAGAACCUGACGACAUAUUACCUCCAGGAUGAAUUCAAUCCAAAGACACCGGAUGAUCCAGAGGUGUCGUAUUACAGUUAUGGAGCGUCCUUUGUGCCGGGGCUCUUUUCACGAUUCCGGUUCUCGUGGGGCGUGAUCAUGGAUCGGGAAGGACCGAAUGAUGGACUGGUGAGUGUAAAGAGCGCAAAGUGGGGAACCUAUGUGAAGACGAUCCCGAAUGCGGAUCAUAUGGAUCUGAUGAACUGGGUGAAUGCCUUGGCAUGGAGUCGGGCACGAUUUCCGUGGGUCUUGGGAGGAUCGAGUCAUGAUCCCGAUGGCAGACCGAAGGGCGCCUUUGAGACGGAUAAUGAUGAUGAAGGUGACAAGGACCAGCCGAAGGAGGAGGCGCCGUUGUUCAAUGCUAUAGAGUUGUAUCUCGAGAUUUCGGAUAUGCUGCACGAGAAUGGGUUGUAG